AGAAAGGAGCUCAGCACGCAGUCUCUCUUUUGCCUUUGCUGAAAUGACUGAAGCAGAUUUAUAUUGUGAGUAUAAAGGGGUUUAUGUGCCCAAACAGCUGCAUCCUCCUGAGAGUCUAAAAUAUAAUGAAGAUUUCACUUUCCGGCCGGACGACGUGCUGAUCGUCACUUUUCCGAAAUCAGGCACGACAUGGAUGCAGGAGAUCGUUCCUUUGAUCCACAGUGAGGGAGAUCUCACUCCGGUGCACACCAUACCAAACUGGAAGCGGGUUCCCUGGCUGGAGCAGGAACGGGUCAUACAGCUCAAUCUGGAGCAAAGGCCCUCUCCACGCAUCUUUUCAACUCAUUUACAUCACAGCAUGAUGAACGAUUUUUAUUUUAAAGUCAAGCCAAAAGUCAUUUAUGUACUACGAAACCCUAAGGAUGUGUUUACAUCCUCCUUCCACUACUACGGGAUGGCUGCCUACCUGGUGAAUCCGGGCACUGCUGAUGAGUUUCUGGAAAAGUUUCUGAACGCUACAGUAAUCUUUGGUUCCUGGUUUGAACAUGUGAAAGGCUGGCUCAACGCAAAAGACCAAGACCGCAUUUUCUACAUUUCAUAUGAGGAGAUGAUACAGGACUUGAAAGGCUCGGUCACGAAAAUCGCCCAGUUCCUGGAAAAGCCUUUGAGCCCGGAAGUGAUUGAGAAAAUAGCUGAGAACUGUCUGUUCAAGAACAUGAAGCACAACAAGAUGUCCAACUACUCUCUGGUUCCAGAGGAGUUCAUGGAUCAAAAGAAAUCUGAAUUUCUCAGGAAAGGAAUAGCUGGUGACUGGAAGAACCUUCUUACUGAAGCCCAAGUGGAGAAAUUGAAUACUUUUUACAAAGAGAGCAUGAAAGAUUUACAAUUCAAGUACAAUUUUGUCUGGGAUUAA